AUUUUCUGUGUGAGAGAUAUGGAAGUCACUCAGGUGCUUCAUAUGAACGGUGGAGCUGGAGAUUAUAGCUACUCCAACAAUUCUCUUCUUCAGAGAAUCGUCAUAUCAAUGACAAAACCCAUAAUGGAAGAAGCUUUGACAAAUCUUUACGAUGCUAUGAACUUCCCUAAAACCCUAACCAUGGCAGAUCUUGGGUGUUCAUCUGGAUCAAACACUUUACUGGUGGCAUCGGAGUUCAUAAAGAUCUUAGACAAGAUAACCCAGAAAGUAGGUCAUGGUCAAUUGCCUGAAAUGCAAAUAUAUCUGAAUGAUCUCCCAAAUAAUGAUUUCAAUGCCAUUUUUGAUUCCCUAUCAAAAUUCCAUUUGAACAUUACGACACAAAUUACCUCCACUACGUCUUCUCCACCUUGCUACUUCUCUGGUGUAGCUGGAUCAUUUUAUACCAGGCUUUUUCCCAGCAACAGCAUUCAUUUUUUCCACUCUUCCUACAGUCUCAUGUGGUUGUCCCAGAUUCCUGAAUUUCAUAACACAAACAAAGGGAACAUAUAUAUGUCAAGAACAAGCCCAACAAGUGUAAUAAAAGCAUAUCGCGAGCAAUUUCACAAAGAUUUCCUCGUUUUUCUCAAUUGUCGUGCGAAGGAGAUGGUAAGUGGUGGUCGUAUGGUUUUGACGAUACUAGGGAGAAGAAGUUCUGACCCUCGUAGCAAAGAAUGUUGUUACAUUUGGGAGCUCUUGGCGACAGCCCUAAACGACAUGGUUUUAGAGGGGCUCAUAGAAGAAGGUAAAAUGGACUCCUUUGAUAUUCCACAAUAUGCUCCUAGUGCUAAAGAAGUCAGUACCGAAGUUGAGAAAGAAGGUUCAUUCGGAAUUGAUCGAUUGGAGGUUUCUGAAGUUAAUUGGGAUGCAUAUGCAGAUAAUUGUCCCAAUCCACCGAAGUAUGCGGAAAGAGCAUACAAUGUGGCGAAAUAUAUGAGAGCAGUGGCUGAACCUAUGCUUUUAAGUCACUUCGGAGAGUCUAUAAUAGACGAGGUCUUUCUAAGAUAUAAGAAUAUACUUGCAGAUCGAAUGUCAAAAGAGAAGACAACGUUUGUCAAUGUUACUAUUUCAAUGACGCGGAAAUGUUGAUAUUUUCAUGGUUUAAUAGAUAUGGUAUCAAUUUACUGUGAAGUUAGAAAUCUGAAAAUGUAUGGAUUAUCGAAUCCUCCUUAAUAAAUCAAAGUUUUUUUUUUCGAA